CACCAACGACCCUCUCUUUCGCCCGUCCUAACCGAUCCCGCGAAAAAUUAAUCAAGAUGGUCAACGUCCCAAAGACCCGACGAACGUACUGCAAAGGCAGAGACUGCAAGAAGCACACCCAGCACAAGGUCACACAAUACAAGGCCGGAAAGGCAUCGCUGUUCGCCCAGGGAAAGCGUCGUUAUGAUCGCAAGCAGAGUGGUUAUGGUGGUCAGACGAAGCCCGUGUUUCACAAGAGGGCGAAAACGACUAAGAAGGUUGUACUGCGGUUAGAGUGCACUGUCUGCAAGACCAAGGCUCAGCUAGCUCUCAAGCGAUGCAAGCACUUCGAGUUGGGUGGAGACAAGAAGACGAAGGGUGCUGCGUUGGUCUUCUGAGCGUGUUCACUUCUCUCUCUUUUUGUGGGGCCUCGGCGUAGUCUUCUUUGGUGGAUGGAUAGUGGUGGGAUUGCAUUCCCAGUCAAUUCAUGCAACGGUGGGACGGCGGGGACGGCUUUGAGGAAUGAAAGGACGCCAACCGCAUACAUGGAUGGUAUUCUACUUGUGCAUCAAAUGGAAGUCGGCUGAAGGCCUGCAUUGAAAAAUUCAUGGGGUGUACACUGAGGUGAAGCAUGAACAGUCGAUUGUAGUAUUCGGAUCCAAGUUCCGAUAUCGCAUUUGCCUCGCUAGUAGGUUGCUUAAACUAACGUCCUCUAAU